CACCGAUGACAUCCGUCUCCUUCACCGCCUCCGCGGUCGGCCGCGCCGCGGUCGCGAACGCGCCCCGCCGCGCCGCGGCCAGGGCGCCCGUCGCGUCGUUCGCUCCCGCGUCGGGAUCGGCGAAAUCGUCGUCCCGCGUGGCGCUUCGCUCGCGCCGCGGCGCGUCCGUCGUCGUCCGCGCGGAGGACGUGAACCCGCUCCUCGACCGCGAGAACCCGGAGUUGGAGGAGAAGUUCGCGACCAUCGGGUCCGGCGAGCACGAGUGCAAAGGAUGUCUGUACACGUACGUCCCGAGCAAGGGCGAUCCGGAUUACCCGGUCGCCGCCGGGACGCAGUUCAAGGACCUCCCCGAGGACUGGCGGUGCCCGACGUGCGGCGCGGAUAAGACGAAGUUCAAGAACCUCGGGAAGCAAGUCGCGGGGUUCGCACAGAACCAAGGUUACGGUCUGGGCACGAACAGCAUGACGGGUGGGGAGAAGAGCCUUUUGAUUUACGGCGCCCUCGCGCUGUUCUUCGCGCUGUUCUUGGGAGGCUAUCUCCUCGAAUAGGCUAUUCUUGUCACUACUACUACUACGUCGUCGUCGU